AUGACAAGAAAAGAUGUAAAAGGAAGCAUAAUUGCCGAUCAUCUUGUAGAUCAUGCUAUGAAAAACUAUGAGUCUCUAAACUUUGAUCUCCCAUAUGAAGAUGUGAUAGUAAUAGAGAAUGGAGGUGGAGAAAGUGAUACGUGGACCUUUUACUUUGAUGGCGUAGUAAAUGUAUCAGGAAAUGAGACAGGGGUGGUAGUAAUUUUCCCAGAAAAUAAGAAAUGUCCUGUUUCAACAAGGUUACUGUUUGAAUGUACCAAUAAUACGGCUAAGUAUAAAGCUUGCAUUAUUGGCAUGAAAACUACUUUAGAACUUAAAGCCAAGAAGCUUGAGGUCUUCGGGGAUUCCUUACUAAUCAUCUGUCAAGUCAAAGGUGAAUGGCAAACCAAGGAUGAUAAAUUGAAGCUGUACCAAAAUUAUCUCUUGAGGUUAGCCAAUGAAUUUGAAGAGAUCAAAUUCACCCACAUAAGUAGAGAUAAGAAUCAGUUUGCUGAUGCCUUAGCAACCUUAACUUUAAUGACACAAGUCGAUACCAGAAGCAAGAUCCAGCUAAUAGAUAUUGAAGUCAGAAGUUUCCAAGCCCAUUAUUGCUUAAUUAAAGAAUCUCCAGAUGGGAAGCCCUGGUAUAAUGACAUUAAGAAGUUUCUCCAAUAUCGAGAAUACCCUUAA